CACGUUGCGUUCUCUGUUAAGAUGUAACAUGAUUCAGUUUGAAGCACGGACGAGAAGAUACAACAUGCACGGUAUUCUCCGGGACUGUCUCGAGGUCUAUUACAAGAUUGACAACAUUCCAGAAAUUCGGAAGCGAUAUUGUCGUACCUUCGGCCAAGUAAUUCGCGAGCUGAGUUCCCGGAUGGAGACUAGCGAGUAUGUGGAGGCGUAUGCAGAUAUUAACCAGGAACAUCCGAACCUCAGGAAGAUGUUGACUGACGUCAUGCACAGUGAACAGGAGUCGUUUCCCUUCUACGUCGAAAUGGCCACGUCUUCCGCCAGUCUCAUCAUCGCAUUCUUCGGCAAUGAAAGCAUCCAGUUCUUCACAAAAUGCUUUGAGCUAGCAGAGUUGUAUGGGAAGCAGAGAGAUCGGGCUUUGGUAAUGACACAUUAUGGUCGAGCUUUGACCAAUGUCAAGUCUGACUUCGUAGAGGGAAGAAGAAUGUUAACAAUGGCUAUGGAUAUCAUGGAACAGUCACCUCCCUCAGAGUCUCUGGCAGCCAUACUGCUUAGUUUGGGAUGGACCGUUUAUCUCCAGGGCGAUAUACCAGAGGCAGCUAAACACUUCAGCAGAGGUCUGGAGGUCACACAGGAGACAGGGUGUGAAAACAGUCUUAUCAAGUGCAAGUUCCUCAACUGUCUUGGUCUGGCCAAUAACGCGGAGGGAAAUCAAGAGGCAGCUGAGAAAUACAUGUUUGGAGCCUUGAGAAGCUAUAUUAAGAAGAUUGGGAACGAACACCCUUGUGUGGGAUCUGUAUAUAACAACAUCGGCUUGCUGAUGAAAAGCAAACACGACCAUGAUAAAGCAAAAGAAUAUUUUGAGCUUGGAUUACAAAUUAAGCAGAAAAUGAAAGCACCACUAACAGCAACUAUCGUGUCCCAGAAUAAUGUAGCAGACAGUUACAUCACUCUGGAGAGAUACUUUGAAGCAAAGAUUCUUUUAGAAUCGGCUUUGGCAUCACUGGAAUACACGCCUGGACUGUACAGCUUCGAAAGGGGGCUCAUUUUUGACACCUUCGGUAAGAUGUAUUUGAAGCAGGAAAACUACCAGGAUGCUAUAGCAACAUUACAGAAGGCAGUGGACAUUAGAAGGACGUAUAACGAAGGCAGUGUCAAUCACAUCGAGAGUCUCAUCCACUUAGGAAAGGCUUACAAAGGUGCUGGUGCAGAAGACGAGGCUCUGAAAUCAUUUGAGGAGGCGGUGUUUUAUGAAUCCAAAGUUUACAAGUGGAAAAUUGAUGCUUUGAGAAUGGACUCUUAUUACCUGGAGAUGAUAGACAUUUUGACCAACUUGGGUGACGUCAUCAGAGUUAAAGCAGUUUACAAAAAGGCCACUGCUCAUCUUACAGCAAUGAUAAAGAUGAACCAAACCAAACCUCGUCCACAUCUAGUUGAACAAUAUGAAAAACAACUUGCUGAGCUUCAAGAAAGUCAACACACCAACAGUUUGCUUUGUAAAUUGGAAUCAUGCAACACCUAGCCUGACGAUAUGAAGAACAACGUUGAGAGCUUCAAGAAAGUCAACACGCCAACAGUUUGCUUUGUAAAUUGAAAUCUUGCAACACCUAGCCUGACGAUAUGAAGAACAACGUUGAGAGCUUCAAGAAAGUCAACACGCCAACAGUUUGCUUUGUAAAUUGAAAUCUUGCAACACCUAGCCUGACGAUAUGAAGAACAACGUUGAGAGCUUCAAGAAAGUCAACACGCCAACAGUUUGCUUUGUAAAUUGAAAUCUUGCAACACCUAGCCUGACGAUAUGAAGAACAACGUUGAGAGCUUCAAGAAAGUCAACACGCCAACAGUUUGCUUUGCAAAUUGAAAUCUUGCAACACCUAGCCUGACGAUAUGAAGAACAACGUUGAGAGCUUCAAGAAAGUCAACACGCCAACAGUUUGCUUUGCAAAUUGAAAUCUUGCAACACCUAGCCUGACGAUAUGAAGAACAACUUGUAGAGUUUAGAGAUGUGAAAACGCCUAGAGUUUGCUUUGCACAUUCAACUGUUCAACACCUAGCCCAGCAGUAUGCAUUAGAAAUAGGCUGAGCCUGAAAUUAUCGUGCCAACAAUUUGAUUUGCAAACUGAAAUAUUUCACAUAUAGCUAAACAAAAAGAAAAACAACUGGCUUAGAUUAAACAAAGUGGCUGUGCCAACAGUAUGCUUUGCCACUUCAAUGGUCCAUUACCCAAGUCUUUAUAUCCAAGGACAUUUUAAUUCCAUGUGAAUUGAUGCAGCACGUAAUAACCAUGUUGUGACUGAAUAUUUGUGAUUGCAUAAACUAGUAUAUAACGUGUAUAGCAAUACAUAAUACAUGUAUUAAUAUCGUGUAACCUUUCUUUUCCUUGUUUCAGGCUUAUGUCAGUGGAUGAACAACACGUCACAAUGUGGAUUGUAGGUUGUUAUUUCUAACAGACGUCACAAUGUGGAUUGUAGGUUGUUAUUUCAAACUACAAACGUCACAAUGUGAUUGUAGGUUGUUAUUUCUAACUACAGACGUCACAAUGUGGAGUGUAGGUUGUUAUUUCUAACUACAGACGCCACACUGUCGAUUGUAGGUUGUUAUUUCUAAUUACAGACGUCACACUGGAUUGUAGGUUGUUAUUUCUAACUACAGACGUCACAUUGUGGAUUGUAGGUUGUUAUUUCUAACUACAGACACCACACCGUGGAUUGUAGGUUGUUAUUUCUAACUACAGACGUCACAAUGUGGAUUGUAGGUUGUUAUUUCUAACUACAGACGCCACACUGUGGAUUGUAGGUUGUUAUUUCUAACUACAGACGCCACACCGUGGAUUGUAGGUUGUUAUUUCUAACUACAGAUGUCACAAUGUGGAUUGUAAGUUGUUAUUUCUAACUACAGACGCCACACCGUGGAUUGUAGGUUGUUAUUUCUAACUACAGACGUCAAACUGGAUUGUAGGUUGUUAUUUCUAACUACAGACGCCACACCGUGGAUUGUAGGUUGUUAUUUCUAACUACAGACGCCACACCGUGGAUUGUAGGUUGUUAUUUCUAACUACAGACGCCACACCGUGAUUGUAGGUUGUUAUUUCUAACUACAAACGCCACACCGUGGAUUGUAGGUUGUUAUUUCUAACUACAGACGUCACAAUGUGGAUUGUACGUUGUUAUUUCUAACUACAGACGCCACACCGUGGAUUGUAGGUUGUUAUUUCUAACUACAGACGUCACAAUGUGGAUUGUAGGUUGUUAUUUCUAACUACAGACGUCACACUGUGGAAGUUGCAAUGUGGAUUAUAGGUUGUGAUUUCUAACACCAACAUGUAACAAUAAUUUAUGAUUGUGAAACAAAACUCUUGGUUAUAAUGUCACUGGGAUUUUCUAAUAGAGUUUGUGUUUUGCCAGAGAUCUACAAGACGAGUGAAUGGAACCUGUAGCCCCCGAGUCUCCCGCCCAUAGGAAGGAAGGAAAACUCAGUUACCAUGCCCAUAUCCACUGAAGGUUCAGGCACGUCCAUCCUGCGCACGAGUUCUGAUUUACGCCAGAUCUCCUGUCCAGGACAGAAAGAGGGAAUUUGGAUUGAAGGGAUACAUUUAAUUUGGAAUAAAUUAGUAAAUUAAAAA